CAAGAGAAGAAAAAAGUUAGAGGGCCAACUACAAAGGCUGACAUAUUUGCAAGACAAAAUAAACCAAAACUCAAACUAGAGAUAAAUGACUGUGGCCAGCCUUGUGGACCUUCAAGCACUGAAUUUGCUAACUUUAUUGGUGCACUUGUGAGAACAAAGGGCUUUCCGAUGGCACAUGAUGAUUGGAGGAAGGUUUGCCCACAAAAAAAAUAUAAGCUGUGGACAGAUGCUCAGCUCUAUUGGGAUAUAGACAAUGGGUCCUUCAACUGGUUUAUGAAAACAGCAGCUACAAAAUGGAGGGAGUUCAAAGCAGAGUUGAGGAAGGUCUUUCAUGAUGAUAUGGAAUACGAAGAACUGCUUGAAUUGCGAGACGAAAGAGUGCAUGAGGAGGAUUGGAAGUGGUUAAUUGAUCAUUGGAUGUCUCCAGAUGGAGCUGUUCGUUCAAUGAGAGGGAAAGCAAAUCGGUCAAAGAAGACUCAAAACCAUACAUCUGGAAGCAAGAGCCAUGCACGUGUUGGGUUUGAAAUGUGUGAAGAGCUAGGACGUCCAGCACGUAGAGAUGAAUUGUUUAUUAAAACACACACACAUAAAAAUGGAGUACCUCACAAGGGAGCCGAAACAACAAUUAAUGCACUGAAAGAUGCAGUCAGAGAUCAUCCUGAACUAGUAGAGAAGAGUAUAGGGGAAGGUGAUGCCUAUUUCCAUGUUUGUGGGCCAGAGAAGAAUGGAUAUGUUCGUGUUGUUGGCUUAGGACCAACACCUGCUGAAUUGGAGAUGCCUGGGGCCAAAAAAUGCACAUCAACCAGGCUUCAAAUGGAAAUCGAAGCUCGUCGACAAUCUGAUAAGAAAGUGGAAGCUUUAGAAAGCCGUUUGGACAAUAUGCAACAGCUGCUAGAAAAGUUACUUCAGCAGCAAAUAAAUCCUUCUAGCACUCCAAAUGGAUCAAACAGUUCCGCUCAUGUGGUAACUGGUCAUUCUUUUGUAUUAUAUAUACCUUUGUUUUUAAUGCAGUAA